CUGUAUGCGUCAUCAUUACGUUUUGCGCGGACCUUGGCUGACGUUACGCCUUUGUCAGUCCCUUGACGUGCUUAUUGGCUGUUGGCAGCCCGGCCUCCCGGAAGUGCGGGCAUUACCCUGGGCGUCUUGGUGGUGUUUAGGAACUCAAGCCUGGGAACAUGGUGUGCAUUCCUUGCAUCGUCAUUCCAGUUCUGCUGUGGAUCUUCAAAAAGUUCCUGGAGCCAUACCUGUACCCUCUGGUGUCCCCUGUUGUCAGUCGCAUAUGGCCUAAAAAAGCUAUACAGGAACCCAACAAUAAAAACAUAGGCAAAGUAGACUGCAAGGGUGCAGAUACAAAUGGAUUACCCACAAAAGGGCCAACGGAGAUCUCUGAUAAGAAGACAGACUAGUGUGGCUUUCCUGAAGGCCCCUGGCUGUUUGCAAAUGGACCUGAUAACAUGAAGCACCUACUUUGUCUCUGACUUUUUUUUCUCUGAGACCAGGGUUCUAGAUAAACAGUUUAGCGUCUACUUGAUGCUGAUCAGGAAGUCCACGGGGUUUAUAGUUAAACUGUGAGUAGUGUGUUUAAAGACCUCACCCCGAGUUUCUUUUUCAUUAAAGCAGCGUUCAUUUCUCUUAUUCCAGUUUACUAAUGUGAACAAAUAGAAGGUGUGUGUGA